GUUUGAAGCUGUUAUUAUAUACAUAUAGACACAUCUAGCAGUGUUGUUAUUGUAUCUGCUAAGUUUAUUUUCAGAAACAGUUCUUUGCUCUGUGUUGAACUUAGGCUCUUCCGUUUAGUAGACGAUCUUUGUAGUUCAGUUCGGUUCUUGACCCGGUCGCAACAGUAAUGGCGGCUGCUGCGCGUUUUUUACUUCGACGGAUACACUCGAAUCUUUCUGUCUCUGGCGUUUCCACCGUGCCGCAGACCUCUUUUGGACCCACGUUGCUGAAACUGUCACCGACCUGCAACCCGCAUAUCAAAGCACAGCGUAGACAUGCAGCACACUUUACCUUCCAGCCCGACCUCGUCCCGACACUGUAUGGGCCAACACAGAAGAUGAAUUUGUUCCAGUCAAUUACAAGUGCCUUGGACAAUACUCUUUCCAGUGACCCCACAGCAGUUAUCUUUGGGGAAGAUGUGGCCUUCGGUGGAGUGUUUCGAUGUACAGUGGGUCUUAGAGACAAAUAUGGUAAGGAUCGCGUCUUCAACACUCCUCUCUGUGAGCAGGGCAUUGUGGGAUUUGGUAUUGGUGUAGCAGUUGCAGGAGCCACAGCAAUUGCUGAAAUCCAGUUUGCAGACUACAUCUAUCCUGCAUUUGACCAGAUUGUCAAUGAAGCUGCCAAAUACCGCUACCGCUCUGGCAACUUGUUUGAUUGUGGAAACCUCACCAUUCGGGCUCCCUGGGGAUGCGUUGGCCAUGGAUCCCUCUACCACUCCCAAAGUCCCGAAGCCUUUUUUGCCCAUUGCCCUGGCAUUAAGGUUGUGGUGCCUCGUAGCCCAGUGCAGGCCAAGGGGCUUCUUCUCUCCUGCAUCGCUGAUAAAAACCCCUGCAUUUUCUUUGAACCCAAGAUCCUUUAUAGAGCAGCAGUGGAGCACGUUCCCUCAGAACACUACACUAUUCCACUCUCACAGGCUGAGGUUGUAGAGGAAGGAAGUGAUGUCACUUUGAUUGCCUGGGGGACGCAGGUACACGUAAUGAAGGAAGUGGCCCAAAUGGCGCAGGAGAAACUGGGCGUGUCCUGCGAGGUCAUUGACCUUCGCACCAUCCUACCAUGGGAUGUUGAAACUGUUUGCAAGUCAGUGGUGAAAACUGGACGCUUACUCAUUAGUCAUGAGGCCCCAAUAACCGGAGGGUUCGCUGCUGAAAUCAGCUCUACAGUACAAGAGGAGUGUUUCCUUAAUUUGGAGGCUCCCAUUAGUCGAGUGUGUGGGUAUGAUACCCCCUUCCCUCAUAUUUUUGAACCAUUCUACAUCCCAGAUAAGUGGAAGUGUUUUGAGGGAAUCAAGAAGAUGAUCAACUACUAAACUGGAACAUGAGCCAGCUCCUGAAAGCCCUAAACGACGUGCUCACCGUUUUCCUCCUCAUGUAUCCAAUCGAUGGUGAGCAGCCAGGAAAAGACACUUUGCUGACCAUCCAGUACGAAAGCCGUGUCCAGAUGACUCCAUGUCCCUGUGUGCCCUCACAACUAAUACUUUUACAUUACUUCUUAUCUUAGGGAACCUUAUUCUAUGAUGUUAAUGGUGGUAACUAUGAUGAUAUGACCAUAGUCCAACAUUAUGUUUUGUUGCAUUUGAGUUUGACUUCAGCAAUAAAAUUGUAUUCUAUAAUUUAAUUACUCAUACUUGCCGCCACUCCUCCCAACCCCUUCCUUCACACAUUUUAUUUUAGGGAAAUUUAAAAAACAAAAGUGGUUAGAAUCGCCUUUAUUUUUAUUUGCUGUGAUCACAAUUUUGUGCUGGCAGACUUUAUAUUAACAGAGUUCACUACAGUGUCAGAAAAGUUUUGAACACAACUUAGCUAACCACAUCCUGAUGAUUGGAUAAUUAUACAACUAGAAUGCAUUAAACAACUAGAUGCGUUUAUUUACUGAAUUGGGUUGUUUUUUUCCCUUUAUUUAAUCACUUGAAAAUACAAUGGUUAUGGAAGUGUUUUUUUUUAAAAGUGCAUAAUUCCAAAUGUCACACUUUUACAUCUCUGGUGCUUUGUACCCAGUCUAUUUUGUAUUGACCAGUGUAGUGGGAGUUCUUCUACAAUCCAAACAACAUGGGAAUUAUUUACCAGAUUCUCUGACAUUAAAGGUGAGUCAUGGACCAGGGAUUUGGAACCUCCUGAAGAAUCUUUAUAUAACUCUAUAUAACCUGUUAGUCGCUAUUUGAAACCAACUGAACCAAAGUAAUUCCCAGUCUAUGUAUCAGCGAAAGUAAAAAAAAAAUAAAACACCUUUUGUU